AUGAGUAGCAUCAAAGAAGACUAUAAUGAUUUCUCUUCUGAUGAGGAAGAAAAUAACAACCCAUUAUUCACUUCCAAGAAAAAGGUUAAUAUUGAAAAGGAUUUACUAUCAAAUGAAAGUGAUCAUGAGGAUGAUAAUGAUGAGAAAGAAAAUGAUGAUUUGGAUAAGAUAAAAUCAAGCAAGGAAGAAAUACUGAAAGGGAAAAAUGAUGAAAUGGAAGAAGGUACCGAAGAUAAAAUUAAUGAUGAAGCUAAGGAGGAAAGUACUUCUGCUGCUGAGGAUAAAGCUGCUAAAUUAAAAAAGAGACUGGAAUUUGUAAAUGCUUUAAAAAACUCUAAGCAUAAGACCGGUGUUAUCUACUUUUCAAGUAUCCCACCAUACAUGAAACCUGCUAAAAUGAGACAAAUCCUGUCCAGAUUUGGCCUAGUUGAUAGACUCUUCCUUAAAAGAGAGGAUGAAAAGAAAUAUAAACAGAGAAUAAGAGGUGGUGGUAAUAAAAAGACAAUGUAUGAAGAAGGAUGGGCGGAAUUUGUCAGAAAGAGAGAUGCAAAACUAUGUGCUGAAACUUUAAAUGGUAAUAUCAUUGGUGGUAAAAAGGGUACUUUUUAUCAUGAUGAUAUUUUGAACGUCAAAUAUUUACCAGGUUUCAAAUGGGCAGAUCUAACUGAACAAAUUGCAAGAGAAAAUGAUGUCAGACAGGCCAAAUUAGAAAUGGAAAUUUCCCAAGCUAAUAAACUAAAUGCAGAAUUUAUUAGAAAUGUUGAAAAGAGUAAAAUGGUUGAGAAUAUUAGAAAAUCCAAAAAGAGAUCAGCAGCAGCAGCAGCAGCAGAAUCUAGUAAUGGUGACGCGGAAGAUUCCAACUAUCAAAGAAAUUUCAAGCAACAUAAAGUUUCCACCUCUAGAGCUGAUGCACCCGACACAAUCAAACAAAAGGACUCAUCCAAGAUUGGCAACAUCUUAAGUAGUCUAUUAUAA